CGCAAUUACGAUUGUUGCCAUAUUUCACGAACAUGAUAUUAAAUUUUAGUCUAUGCCAAACGUCAAAACACAUGAACAUUGUAGAAUCUGUUACUUCAGUCUUUCUUUGAAGUGUUUCGUGUUUAUAAAGACGUUGUGAGGACGUCAUGCCAUUUGAACGCUACGUGGAACCAGGGCGCGUUGCCCUGGUGGCUGAUGGGCCCCUGAAGGGAAAACUAGUGAGCGUGGUUGAUGUCAUUGACCAAACACGAGCACUCGUUGAUGGACCUGGUAGCGGAGUAUCGCGACAGCAAAUACGCCUGAACCAGCUUCAUCUUACUAAAUUCCGCCUGAAGUAUCCCUUUACUGCCCCCACACGUGUUGUCAGGAAGGCUUGGUCAGACGCCAAGCUUAACGAAAAAUGGGCUGACAGUCAGUGGGCUAAGAAUUUGGCAAAUAAAGAGAAGCGUGCUCAAAUGACCGACUACGACAGAUUUAAGUUGAGCUCCGCCCGCGUUAAGAGAAACCGUGCAAGAACAGCAGUCUUCAAGAGCUUGAAAGUGAAAGCAGCGCGGAGCGGUGUCUUUGGCAAGAAGAAGGUUCCCAAGACCCCAGCCAAGAAGAUCCGCACGAAAAAGGCGCCUUCUGCUAAACCAGCAAAGAAGUAAUUCUUGUUUUGUGCCUGAAGCAACAUAAGUGUAAUUUAUAGGACAAAUCAAAAUAAAGAAUUACUUUAAGCUAA